AUGCCCCGCAGUUUCCACAGCCGCACCAGUUUCCGCAGCAUUAUCACCCCCAGCAAGCUCAACAGAUUUUGCCAAGUCAGCGAAUUCCUCACCAUCCUCAAGUCCAUCCACAGCAUGUUCUGCCAAACCAACAGAUUCCUUACGCCCUUCAAAUCCCGCAGUCACACCAUGGGCGCUCUGUUCAGCAAGCCCAUCAGCCACGGCAUCCGGCUCCAUCCAUUGCACAACCUGGACAGAGCCAACCGGAUCGCAGCACAACAAGUUCGGCGGAUUCCCGAGCACGAAUAUCCUAGUAGCCCGUAUGAUUGGCUUUCUCACGCGUCAGCAGCGCAUUUGUCAACCCUCCGGAGCCCAGAACGCAGAGCUGCGCGUCAGCUCCCGCCUCUUGUACGGCACUACCAACAUGUCUCUGACUUUGCAUUUGGGCCGAUGAAAUUUCCGCCUCAGACGGGCCCCAGAAGUCUGGGUUUCACUGUAUCAAGUGAUAGCUUGGCCAGAAUCCCACUAGCUUUUGAAAGUGAGGUCGGCCUACCGGUCCGCUAUUAUGGAGAUGGGUCGCUUCGAUAUCGAUUACGGCUUUGUAUGCGACCCGAGUCCGAUGAAACAGUAUCGCCAUCGGAUUGGGUGGUUUCCCCUACUCACUGGCCCCAGGCGAUCUUCCCCGCCUUGAACGGCCAAUCUUUGAUGGUUCGCCGGAAGCAGCACUUUCACCAUGAUCUCCCAGUUGACCUGUCGGACUUGGUGGUUAAAGGGGAUAAUGUUGUCAGGAUUAGUUUCCCCGACAAACCGGUCAAUUACAAAAAGGGGAUGACGUAUUUCGUUGCCAUUGAGAUUGUGAGUACCAUGUCGCACAACGCUCUGACCUCCAUGGUAUUGGAAGCACCCCCGAUAUCAGCUGAGGAAACCGGUGCUGAGAUUCAACGACGACUGAAACCAUCCGAGUCUGACGAUGUCGUGGUCGAGGAUAACACAUUCUGCAUCAAUGUUGCAGACCCGUUCAGUUCCUCCUUGUUUGAAGUUCCAGUCCGUGGAGUUUUAUGCAAACAUUUGGAUUGUUUCGACCUGGAAACAUGGUUACAAACUCGCCAAGGAAAACCGGGCGGAGGACUCGAGGAGCCUUCAAUGGCCGAUAACUGGAAGUGCCCCAUAUGCUUCCUUGAUGCUCGUCCAAGCAGCCUUCGUGUGGAUGAAUUCUUUGCUGGAGUACGCAAGGGCCUGCUUGCGCAGGGUUUGGGCAAGACGAAAAAGAUCCUGGUUACGGCCGAUGGCAGUUGGAGUGCAGUUCCCGAACUGGACGAUUCAGAUGACGAGUCCCCUGUCCAGCCGAACCGUUCUGUUGGCGAAAGGAUUAAUCAGAACAAAGCCACAGCACCGGCGAACAUCAUUGAGAUUGAUGAUGACUGA